AUGUCUUCGAAACAGAUUCGCCACGUACUGAACCUGUCGCCGCAGGAGCAGGAAAGUUUUGUUCAAUCAUUUGACUGCGUCAUUUGUGACUGCGAUGGUGUUCUAUGGACCGUUUACGAACCCAUCCCUGGGGUAGCUGACACGUUAGCCGCUCUUCGUUCCCGAGGCAAAAUGCUCCGUUACAUCACCAACAAUGGCGUUCGAUCGUUUGAAAACUAUGCCAAACAGUUCCGUUCGCUUGGCGUUAACUUGGAAACAUCCGAUAUCGUACACCCAGCCCUGUCGGUGGUUCGCCAUUUUCGCUCGAUUAAUUUUCAAGGAUUGAUCUACUGCAUCGCAACGGAAAUGUUUAAGACCGUCCUACGAGACGCCGGAUUUGAACUGCUAGACGGUCCGAGCGAUCCGCUGGAGGAGUCUUUCAAAAAGAUUGUCGCCACCAUUAACGACCACGCUCCGGUUCGAGCGGUUGUCAUAGAUACGGAUUUCAAUAUCAACUACCCAAAGCUUUUACGGGCGGAACUGUAUCUGAAGAAUGAUCCCGAUUGUUUGUUGAUUGCUGGUGCAACAGACAAGCUAUUGCAUGCUAAGCGGGGUUUUAUUUUAAUCGGUCCCGGCUUAUUUUUGGGUGUUCUAGAACAAGCGACCGGUAGGAAAGCGAUUGCCUUGGGAAAACCAGGGACAUCUUUGGCGGAACAGGUUUUGGACCAUUACGGAAUCGAAGAUCCACGGCGGGUACUCUUCAUUGGUGAUAUGCCCGAGCAGGAUAUGUUAUUCGCCACCCGCUGUGGCUUUCAGAAACUACUCGUCUUGUCCGGUGGAACUAAUCUGGAAGACAUGCUGAAGUUAACGGAUCCGGAGUGUAUUCCAGAUUACUAUGCCGAUAGUUUGGGUGAUCUGGUAAAAUUGCUUGAUUAA